UCAAAACCCCAGUACAGCUGUUUUAGAGUGUCCAUGCGACACAUCUCUUUUUUCUAUGGCUGGGACACUACGGCUGUCAUGGCUAUUCUUCAUGCUCAUGUUCCUUCUGGUGGGACUACAAGGAGAGCCAGGAGACACGGCACAAAAGAGAGACAAGAGGAGCGUCAGCAACGACCAGGCUCGUAUGCUGUCAGAUGAUGGACAUCUUGUCUUCACGACUGGUGCCAAUAAAGAGAUCCGCUUCCAGACGUCAGCAUCGGGCCGGGUUAAAGUAAAUAAUGAAGACCUCACACAACUCUUGAGUCAGAUCAAAACCAACAAAGAAGAAAUUAAUGCCAUCAAGGAUGGAGGUGCAGUUCCCCCCGAUAUCACCAACAAACUGAACCAGCUGGAUGCCGGGGUGUCAACACUUCAGACUAAAGUGACUGCACUUGAAUCGAUGGUCCAGACGUUGUCCUGCAACAGUAACCCCUGUCAGAAUGGAGGAACAUGUCUGAACCUACUCAACUCGUACCACUGUGUGUGUCCCAACAACUGGGCUGGUCCUAACUGUGGAACAGAUGUGAAUGAAUGUCAGGUGUAUUCGGGAACAUCUCAGAGUUGUCAGAAUGGAGCAACCUGUGUCAACGCACCUGGAUCAUUCACUUGUAGCUGUUCUCCAGAAUGGUCGGGGACGUUGUGCACGGUGCGCUUCGAUGACUGCAGGAAUGCAGGACAGGACCUGUGUGUACACGGAACAUGUAUCGAUGCAGACCGGGUCACACCUGGACAGCCUAAAUAUCAGUGCAUUUGUGAGAGUGGCUGGGAGGCUCCAGCCGGGAAUCCGUCCUGUGUGGCUGACGUUAAUGAGUGUAACCUCCCCAACAAACCGUGCUCCUCCAACCCUGCUGUUCCCUGCUACAACACCCAGGGUUCCUUCUACUGCGGAGCCUGUCCUGCUGGUUGGCAAGGCAACGGCUACAGCUGUCGAGAUGUGGAUGAAUGCUUGGUCAAUAAUGGCGGCUGCUCCUCUGCUCCUGUGGUGCAGUGCCUGAACACUAUGGGCUCCUUCCACUGUGGUCCCUGCCCUCCAGGUUAUGAGGGCGAUGGGAGGACAUGCAGUCAGACCAACAUCUGUGCUAACAACAACGGAGGCUGUCACCCGUUAGCUACCUGCUCCUCCAGCCCAGGCACAAGCCACCCUAUAUGUACCUGCCCUCCAGGCUACACAGGCAAUGGAUAUGGACCGGCUGGUUGCACCCAGACGAGCAACGUCUGUUCGACCAACAACCCCUGUGUCAACGGACAGUGUGUGGCCACCUCCUCGAAUCCUGGCUACAUCUGCAAUUGCAACUCUGGCUGGCAAGGAGCAAACUGUGACCAGAACAUCAAUGAAUGCUUAAGCAGCCCCUGUCAGAAUGGAGGAACCUGCACCGACGGCAUCAACGGAUUCACAUGUACUUGCACCGUCGAAUGGACCGGCCCACUCUGCCAGAGCCCACAGCAAGUGUGUGGAGGUGACCUGUCGGGUCCUGGCGGUUCCUUCAGUUAUCCCAACACCCCAGGUCACGAUGAGUACGAUCACCUGGUCAGCUGUAACUGGCGAAUCCGCGUCGACCCUAACAAGAUUGUGCGUAUCACCUUUCCUUUCUUUCAUCUGGAGAGCAGCACCAACUGCAACUACGACUUCCUUCAGAUCCAUGACGGGGACAGCGCCUCUGCUCACAUGAUCGGAAGAUACUGUGGCCAAAAUAACCCACAGGAGCUCUUCAGCUCCCACAAUGCCCUCUAUUUCUGGUUUCGCUCCGACCACACGAUCAGUGCCGAUGGCUUCACGGUGGUUUGGCAGUCUCAGGACCCAGUGUGUGGAGGCCAACUAACUGCCCCCUAUGGCAACAUCAACUCCCCCGGUUACCCUGGACAGUACCCACCCAGCCGAGACUGCUACUGGGAAGUGACGGUGGCGCCCGGCCUGCUCAUUACCUUUGCGUUUGGGACUCUCAGUCUGGAGACGCAUGCUGACUGCAGCUUUGACUUCCUAGAGAUCCGGGAUGGUCUUCUACCUGAAGACCCAGUUCUGGGGAAGUACUGCAGUACUGGAUCACCUCCCCCACUACAGACCACCGGUCCAGCUGCAUGGAUCCACUUCCACUCCGACUUUAGCGUCACGGACCGAGGCUUCCACAUCACGUACACGACAUCACCAAGUGACCCCGGCUGUGGCGGUACCUUCACUGACAGCGAGGGCAUCAUCAUCUCCCCCAACUGGCCCAACAACUACGCCCACAACCGCCAGUGUAUCUAUCUGAUCCGGUUGCCAGCAGGAGAGAAGGUGGCCCUCAACUUCACCCACAUGAGCCUGGAGACUCACAGCAGCUGCACAUUUGACUACGUGGAGGUUCGUGAUGGUCGGAUGGAGACUGAUCCUCUGAUAGGGAGGUACUGUGGGAGCGUCCUGCCGGCGCCCAUCCUCUCCUCCUCCAACUUCCUGUGGAUUCGCUUCAGGUCCGACAGCUCAGUCAGCCGGGCUGGUUUCAGGGCGGUCUACACCGUCGGUUGUGGAGGUAUUUUGUCUGGGACUGGGCAGUUACGCUCUCCUUACCACCCCAACGCCUAUCCCCACAACAAGGUGUGUGAGUGGCUCAUCAACCAGCCGGAGGGCUACGUGGUCACCCUCAACUUCCUGUCGUUUGACGUGGAGGGAGGCUCCUGCCGUUUUGACUUUGUGGAGGUCAGGGACGGCUCCACGUCUAGCUCUCCUCUGCUGGGGACAUUUUGUGGCAUCAACAUCCCCCCCAGGCUCCAGUCCACUCAGAGAUCGAUGUACAUCCGCUUCAAGACCGACUCGUCUAUCAGCAACCACGGCUUUGAAGCGGCCUACGGCUCUGCCUUGGAGGGCUGCGGUGAUACCCUGACCAGUCCUUCAGGUACCAUCAGAAGCCCUGGCCAUCCCAACAACUACCCCCACGGCGCCAACUGUACCUGGUUCAUCAGCGUUACCCCCGGCAACCUCAUCCGGCUGUCGUUUGACUCCUUCAACCUGGAGUACCACCUCAACUGUAACUAUGAUUACCUGGAGGUGUACGACAACGGCACCGCGCAGACCGGAACCAAGAUCGGCAGGUACUGUGGGCGUUCAUUGCCUCCAUCCAUCACCAGUACUGACAGGCAGCUGACUUUGCUGUUUGUGACCGACUCAAGUUUAUCCACCGAGGGAUUCUCUGCCAACUAUGUCUCAAUCAACGCCACCACAGACUGUGGUGAGACUUUCACCUCCUCUACCGGCUCCUUCAGUUCACCCAACUACCCUGCCUACUACCCAAACAACAGAGACUGCAUCUUCAAGAUCAUCGUGCAAGUCAACAUGCAGAUCAUGCUGAACUUCACCGACUUUGAGCUGGAGGGCACCCCUCCUACUUGCAGCUAUGACUUCGUCCAGAUCAGGGAUGGUGGCUACGAGACAUCCCCCUUGAUUAAUAAGUUCUGUGGCAAUCAGAGGCCUCCAGUCCUGGUAUCCCAUAGCAACCGUCUUUGGAUUAGAUUCCGCUCGGAUUUCUCUGUCACACGUCGUGGAUUCACUGCCCACUGGGAUGGCUCGCAGACUGGCUGUGGUGGGAUGCUGACGUCUCCGUCUGGAGCGUUUUCCUCCCCUAACUACCCGCUGCCCUACCAUCCUAAUGCUGAGUGCUACUGGAACAUCAGGACCAGCCAGAGCAGCCAGCUCGUCCUCUCUUUCUCUAACUUCCACCUGGAGUCCAGCUCCAGCUGCAUGUAUGAUUACCUGGCUGUGUAUGAUGGUAACAGCACCACCGCUCCACAGCUGGCCCAGUUGUGUGGCAGUCAGCCGCCCGGCGCCAUCAGCUCUUCCAGCAAUCGACUCUACAUCAAACUACGCACCGACGCCAGCAUCAGCACCGGAGGCUUCCUGGCAUCGUACACCACCAACUGCAGCGGUGUGCUGCUCUCAGGCCGACCCAAAGGAGUGGUGGAGUCACUGAACUACCCCGGCGACUACCCACACAACACUGAGUGCAGCUGGACCAUCCUGGCCAGCAGCGGAAACACCGUCAACUACACCUUCACCGCCUUCCAGGUGGAGGCCACCUCCACCUGUAGCUUUGACUACAUGAAGCUCUUUAACGGGCCUAACACCCAAGCUCCUCUGAUCGGUACCUUCUGUGGAUACACGCCCCCCCCAGCCGGCACCACCACCGGCUCAGCUCUCACCGUGGUGUUCAGAACGGACCACUCCAUAUCCAUGUCUGGCUUCCAGAUGAUGUGGUAUCAGAAUGGUUGCGGUGGGGAACUCUCUGGUUCCAGUGGCUCCUUCAACAGCCCAGGUUACCCCAACAGGUAUCCAGAAAACAGGGAGUGUAUCUGGUACAUCACCACGUCAGCUGGCAGCAGCAUCACCCUCACUAUCCAGGAGUUCGACGUGGAGUUCCACCCAGACUGCAGCUACGAUGUGCUGGAAGUGUACGGAGGCCCAGACCUGUUGGCCCCUCAGCUGGCCAAGCUUUGCAGCACCACAUCCAGCCCCAUGCGUGUCUCCAGCACUGGCAACCUGAUCACAGUGCGCUUCAAGUCGGAUGCCUACGUCAGCGGUCGAGGUUUCAACGCAAGCUGGGCUGAAGUCCAGGGAGGCUGUGGAGGCCCAGUCACCGCUCCAUCAGGGGAGAUCCACUCUCCUUUGUAUCCCAGCAGCUAUCCCGAAAACGUGGAUUGCUCCUGGAUCAUCAGUGUGGACCCAAACCACCGUGUCUUCUUCAACUUCUCCGACAUGGACAUUGAAUAUCACAGCGACUGCUCCUGGGACUACGUGGCUAUCCAUGAUGGACCAUCCAUGUCUUCUGCUCUGCUUGCCCAAGUGUGCGGCACCGUUCUUCCUCCCUCCGUCACCUCCACCCAGAACACCAUCUACGUCCGCUUUAGGUCCGACUCCAGUCGCAGCCACCGCGGCUUCAGCGCUCGCUUCUCUGAGGCUUGUGGUUCAACCAUCAUAAGCGACGAUAACGGGGGGGCCAUUGCCUCGCCACGGUACCCGGCAGCGUACCCACCCAAUCAGAACUGUAGCUGGAUCAUCAGAGCACAGGAACCAUUCAACCAUGUGACCCUGUCAUUCACUGACUUUGAGUUAGAGAUGAUUAACUCCAACUGCUCCCAUGAUGCCGUGGAGAUCCUGGAUGGAGACAACUACCAGGCCCCUUCUAUAGGGCGCUACUGUGGCUUUGAAAUCCCUCACCCAGUGACAUCCUUCAGUAACUCCUUGGUGGUCAACUUCGUCACGGACAGCUCCGUCUCCAGAAAAGGGUUCAGAGCCACCUACACGGCAUCCACCUCCAGUUGUGGAGGAGACCUGGUGAUGGAGAGCGGUGCGUUUAACAGUCCCAACUAUCCGGAUGCUUAUCCACCCAAUGUGGAGUGUGUGUGGACCAUCAGAAGCUCACCAGGGAACCGUCUCCAGCUCUCAUUCAUUGUCUUUCACCUGCAGGGAGACUAUGGCUGUAAUAACGACUACCUGGAAAUCAGAGAGGGGAACUCCACCGGAGUUCUGGUCGGUCGCUUCUGUGGAAACUCGCUGCCCUCCAACUACACCUCCGUGACCGGUCACAUCCUGUGGGUUAAGUUCGUCUCAGACGCGCAGAUCAGUGGAGCCGGAUUCAGAGCCACCUUCGCACACUUGUAUGGUAACGAUGUGGUGGGGGAGUCUGGUCAGAUCGCAUCCCCACUGUAUCCCAGAACGUAUCCCUACAACGCCCACUACCGCUGGACCAUAACUGUGGACGGAGACAGCUACGUUCAGAUCCGCUUUUUGGACAUGGACAUAGAGGACCUGCUUGACUGCGGCUACGACCACCUCAAAAUAUUUGACGGCCCCAGUGUUCAUUACUACCCCAUCGGGACAUUCUGUGGUCUGGCCCUGCCCCCUCCCCUGAGAAGUUCAGGAAGCACCGUCACCCUACAGUUCAUUUCGGAUUCAGUGGUGGGAGGACGAGGUUUCCUCGUGGAAUGGACCGCUGUGCAGGACUCUGGACCACCACCCACCAUCGCACCAGGUGCAUGUGGAGGAGUGCUAAUGACAGGAGAGACUCCCGGCUUCCUCUUUUCUCCUGGCUGGCCUGAAAACUACGCUCCUAACCAGGAGUGUACCUGGUUGAUCCGUUCUCCAGACUCAACCGUAGAGUUAAACCUGUUGUACCUGGACAUUGAGGACUACCCCAACUGCUACUUUGACAGCCUUGUCAUCAGAGACGGUGGGAGCAGUCUAUCCCCCGUGCUGGCCAAUGUGUGCGGUCGGAACCUUCCAGCUUCUCUCCACUCAACGGGAGACUCCAUGUUCAUCCACUUCUCCUCAGACAGCAGCGUCAGCGGCCGAGGCUUUAACGCCUCCUACUCUAGAGGUUGUGGUGGCCUCCUGCAUGCAGACAGAGGCGUGCUGAGCAGUCCCCGCUACCCCCAGAACUACCUGCCGGGUCUGGACUGUAGCUGGCAUGUGAUGGUGACACCUGGCUUCAGGGUGUCUGUCGCCUUCCAGAGCCCCUUCCAGAUUCAAGGCUAUGGAACUGGAUGCAGCACAGGAGACUACCUGGAGCUCAGGAAUGGUCCAGAUGGUUCAUCUCCACUACUGGGGGGACGUCUCUGUGGUACAAGUGUUCCACCCCUCCUCCAGACUACCGACAACCACCUCUUUAUUCACUUUGCAUCUGAUGCCAACAAUGAGGGCGGUGGCUUCAAGCUGACCUUUGAAGCCCACAGUCAGGCGUGCGGAGGCUUCAUUGAGCUGAAUGAUAACGAUCCUCCAGGCUACAUCACUUCACCCAACUAUCCUCAGAACUACCCCCAGAACAUCGACUGUAUCUGGGUCAUAACCGUGCCCAAUGGAGAGGCUGUUCAAAUAGAUUUUGAGGAUGAUUUCUACAUCGAGACCACAGCCAGCUGUGCGUAUGACUACCUGGAGCUGCGUGACGGCUCAGCUUCCGACGCCGGCUUAAUUUCCCGCCUCUGUGGCAACACCCGACCGCCUACCCAACAUUCGACAGGUUCCUCCAUGCUGCUCAGGUUUCGUACUGACACCAGCGUCACGCACAGAGGCUUCAAGGCAAAGUACUCCAUAGCAACAUGUGGAGGUACCUACAUAGGUCAGAGCGGUACCAUCCGCAGCCCUGGCUUCCCAGGAUCCAACUACCCUGACAGCUCCAGCUGUGAGUGGUACCUGGAGGGGCCCACGGGGCACUACCUCACCCUCAGCUACGGAGACUUCAGCCUGCAGACCUCUUCAGGAUGCUCUGCUGACUAUGUGGAAAUCAGAGAGUACAAUGCCUCAGGGCGCCUACUGGGCAAACACUGCGGCAGUAGCCUUCCGGCUUCCAUGGACACAUCUGACAGUUUUGCCUACGUGAAGUUUGUGAGCGACACCAGCGUAAAUGCACCCGGCUUCAGUCUGAUGUUUGAAGCCAGCGUUGAAGUCUGUGGAGGAGAGCUGAACGCUCCCUCAGGAACCAUCUCCUCCCCCAAUUACCCCAACCUGUACCCACACAGCCGGGUGUGUCGCUGGGAGCUGGUGGUGUCACCAAACCGCCGGGUCACGCUCACCAUCAAUGACCUGCAGCUGGAGGAUUCUGGUGUUUCCUGUACAUUUGACUACGUUGAUGUACUGAACGGCUUGGCGGCCGACGCCCCUCGCCUGCAGAGAUUCUGUGGUACGGUACCAGCCGGCACACAGGUGCGCUCCUCCGGCAACACCAUGACCGUUGUGUUCCGCACCGACGCCUCAGUGUCCAACGGUGGCUUCAUGGCUUCCUACUCCUCUGAGGAGCCUGCAGAGUGCGGUGGAGUCCUGAACAACCAAGCUGGCGGGAACUUCACUUCUCCUGGGUAUCUGGUGUCCAACUACAGCAACAACCUCAACUGUGAGUGGCUGAUCCAGAACCCACGGCACAUCAACUCCUCUAUUGUGGUGCUGAUAGAAGACCUGCACAUGGAGAACCACCAGACCUGUGUGUCAGACUACCUCCAGUUCCGCUUAGGUGACUCAGAUGGGGAUCUGUUGGCCAAGUUUUGUGGGCAGACCACCCCCAACCUUCCCAUUGUGGUCUUUACCCCAGAGCUCUAUGUCCAUUUCAGGACUGACGCCUCCCAGGGAGACCUGGGCUUCAAGGCCAAGUAUAUGUUCUCUGAGUGCGGAGGCUGGCAGACAGGUGAAGGGGGGCUGUUAUCCAGUCCUAACUACCCCAACAUCUACCCCAGCCCCAGUCGCUGUGCCUGGCUACUAGAGGCCCCAGCGGGCCACACUAUUACGCUAACCUUCAGCUACUUCAACCUGGAGCCCCACUCGCAAUGUGGCUGGGACUCUGUCACCAUCUUCAAUGGAGGAUCUCCCGGUUCCCCCGUUAUCGGCCAGUACUGUGGGACCACCUCCCCAGGAACCAUCCAGUCAGGAUCCAACAAGCUGGCUGUGGUGUUCCUGGCUGACCAUAGUGUGUCCAGAGGAGGCUUCAUGGCCUCCUGGUCUGCUGAUUCCUCAGGCUGUGGAGGGGUGAUCCAUGCUGAUUCGGGAACAAUCAAGUCUCCAAACUAUCCCCAGAACUUCCCAGCCAAUGUGGAGUGUUCCUGGCGGAUCAUUGCCCAUGAAGGGAACCACCUGGAGAUGAGCUUCAACAGUAAUUUCGAGAUUCCAGUCAGCAGUGGCACCUGCCAGAGCAGCUACGUCAAGGUGUGGUCAGGUCAGACCCAAAAUCCUGAGGCUCUGCUGUCAACAGGCUGUGGCUCAGUGGCCCCAGGUCCCAUCAUCGCUCCAUAUAACAUCAUCACAACCCGAUUCCAGGCCACCGAAGCUCCUGGCAGAGGCUUCUCAGCCUCCUUCAGCACCAGGUGCGGAGCAAACUUCACAGCUUCCAGCGGCCGCGUGGUUUCUCCCAAUUAUCCAGCCGACUACCCCAACUACUCCAACUGCAACUACACCAUAGACGCUGGAGAGCAGACCGUGGUCAUCCUCACCUUCCAGACCUUCCAAAUAGAAGCACACUCCACAUGUCAGUACGACGGGCUGAAGAUCUACAGCCGGGCUACCGGUGGCUCUGCUGUGGCCACUCUGUGUGGCAGCAACAUCCCGGGGCCCUUCUCCAGCUUUGGCCCCAUGUUACUCCACUUCUACUCGGACUCUGUGAUCACCGACGGUGGCUUCAUGGCACAAUACAGAGCCAUCCCAUGUGGUGGAUUCUUCAACAGUACUAUGGGUUCAUUGAGCAGUCCAGCACUCUCCGAGACCAACUACCACCACAACAUCAACUGUACCUACCACAUCAUGGCCCGGCCAGACAGAGUGUUGGAUCUCAAGUUCAACACCUUCCACCUGGAGGCGUCGUCUUCCUGUCGCUAUGACUACGUGGCAGUGUAUGAUGGACAGGACACCUUGGCGCCCUUGCUGGGGAAGUUCUGUGGUAGAGUGCUCCCACCCGAUCUGCGCUCCUCCACCAACCAGCUGUUCAUCGUGUUCAGGACCGACGCCUCGGUGAAUGGGAUCGGCUGGAGGGCCGUUUAUAGUGAGACACUCGGUCCUGCUCAGGGAUGUGGUGGCUACCUGUCCAUGCCCAUGGGCAUGUUUGGUUCUCCGGAUACAAACCUGGAUGGGCGCUAUGAGCCCAGGAUGGACUGCCUGUGGACCAUUGAGAUGCCGGUCAACAGGGCUGUCAACCUGACCUUCGACACCUUUGACCUCGAGAGCUCCUCUUCUUGCCGCUUCGACCGUGUCAAAGUGUAUGAUGGAGACAACAUUAACUUCCCUCUGGUUGGGACAUUUUGCGGAAACCUCAUCCCUUCUUAUUUUGUAUCGAGCGGAAACUUCCUGACUAUUCACCUUGUCACCGAUAGCUCAGUAGAGAAACGAGGCUUCAACGCUACCUACAGAGCUGUGCCACUGUACUGCGGUGGCACUGUGAACGCCACGACCGCCGUCCAGACCCUGACAUCCCCUUCCUUCCCCAAUGCCUAUCCUCCUUACACGUCCUGCCGCUGGAUCCUGGAUGCUCCAGCCCAGGAAACCAUCCGGGUGUCGAUCCAGACCUUUGUCCUCCAGCCCAGCCAGAGCUGCCCCAGAAACUACCUGGAGAUGAAGGACUGGCCUGUGGGAGACUACGGGCAGUCACAUAAGUUCUGUGCAUCAGAUGACCAUCCACCAGACUUCUACAGCUACGGCAGAACAAUCCUCAUGGACUUCAGAUCUGACACCUUCAUGGCAGGAAAUGGCCUGAGCGUCACCUAUCAGAUCGCCAGCUGUAGCCGAACCUACGAACAGGAAUAUGGCUACCUGAAGAGUCCAGGCUGGCCUGACCUCUACCCCCACAACGUGGACUGCGCCAUCAUCCUGAAGGCACCACCCAACAACUACAUCUCCUUCUUCUUUAACAGCUUCAAUGUGGAGAGCCACAGCCAAUGUCAAUUUGACUACCUGGAGAUCCGUAAUGGCAGCACAGCGGACUCCCAGCUGAUUGGUCGGUUCUGCGGCAGCACGUUGCCCAGCCCCGUCUUCCCACGAUCCAACCUGCUCUACUUACGCUUCAAGAGUGACGCCUCACUCGUCCAUGCUGGCUUCGAGGCCACAUGGACAUCCUCCGCUAACGGUUGUGGUGGUACUCUGUAUGGAGACCAUGGCUCAUUCUCCAGUCCCAACUACCCAGGCACCUAUCCCAACGGUACCAACUGUGAAUGGGGCAUCACGGCACCCAGAGGUCGUGUGGUGACCAUCACCUUUGCCCAGAUCAGCAUUGACGACCCUGGAGAUUGCCAGAACAACUUCUUGAAGUUGUAUAAUGGCCCAGACGCCUCGUCACCGCCUGUUGGACCUUACUGUGGAGUGGAAACCAACAUCGCUCCGUUCACGGCCUCCUCCCAUCAAGUCUACGUGGUUUUCCGAGCCCAGUACGCCACCCUGCCUUCAGGGUUCAGACUCACUUGGAGCAGCUGAGAGACACACACACACACACACACACACACACACACACACACACAGUUGCUGACUAAUUUCCUAAUCACAUUUUAAAGGUAAACACCUUUCUAUGCGUUUUUGUAAACAAACCGAUGUAAUAAUAAUAAUGUGAAUAAUGUGAAUAAUAAAUAUUUGCUGACAACAAA